UUUGUAAAUAUUUGGUGCGCAUACAUUUGUGUUCUGUUUUUUAAUGACUUGUGCAGUGCUCCAUAUAUAAGAAUUUGUGUGAUAUUUGCAUUACUUGAUGAAAUGAAAAUAUGUAUUUUCUCUAGAAAAUCACAUAUGCAUUAGCACCUUAAUCAAAGCUGCUGCUUCUGAAGGUUUGGUCAUGGUAGAGGCCAUCACGUCUCACGUCUGGAGCUGCGUGUUUGCAGCAUGAACGCAGACUGGAGCUUCUGCUCAGAUGUGGGAUUGCCCUGCGCGUCUUUUUCUGCGCAAUCUAAAUUUAAAUCGGUGACAAAUGAGUCCGAAUAGUCUCCAGCAGUCCAACUGUGGUGUGGGGGAGGUGCUGAAAGAACAGCUCCUUCUCCACAAGUUGGAUCUGGAUCCGUCGGGAGAGCGCGCGCACCGCCGCAGCUCCUCACCAUGAAGCGGCAGAACGCCCGGACUCUCGCCCUCAUCGUCAGCAUCCUCACCUACCUGGUGGUCGGCGCGGCCGUCUUCGAGACUCUGGAGUCCAAACAGGAGAGAAGUCAGCGCAGGAAGCUGGAGGCGAGAAAGUACGAACUUCUGCGCAGGUACAACCUGACCAGAGCCAACUUCGAGGAUCUGGAGCUCGUGGUCCUGCAGCUCAAACCUCACAAAGCCGGAGUCCAGUGGAAGUUCGCCGGAUCCUUCUACUUCGCCAUCACUGUGAUCACGACCAUAGGUUAUGGCCACGCGGCGCCCAGCACAGACUCGGGGAAGGUGUUCUGUAUGUUCUACGCCCUGCUGGGGAUCCCGCUCACCCUGGUCAUGUUCCAGAGCCUGGGAGAGCGCAUCAACACCUUGGUCAGGUACCUGCUGCACCAAAGCAAGAAGGGGCUGGGGCUGCGGCAGACCCAGGUGUCCAUGGCCAACAUGGUGACGGUGGGCUUCUUCUUCUGCCUGAGCACGCUGUGUGUGGGCGCCGCAGCCUUCUCGCACUGCGAGGGAUGGAGCUUCCUCCACGCCUUCUACUACUGCUUCAUCACGCUCACCACCAUCGGGUUUGGGGAUUACGUAGCGCUGCAGAGGGACGAUGCCCUGCAGAAUGACCCUCGCUACGUGGCUUUCUGCUUCAUCUACAUCCUCAUGGGCCUGACGGUGAUUGGAGCCUUCCUGAACCUGGUUGUGCUUCGCUUCCUGACCAUGAACGCAGAGGACGAGAGGCGGGACGCCAGGGAGAAGGCUUUGGUGACAGUCAACAAGCCCAGAGGGGAGGUGGCUUAUCUCCUCCCCAUGUCGGCUUCCUCCACACCUGUAGCAGAGGAAACCUCAAGGGCAAAAGAUUCCAAAGGUGCUUACACCGAGGUGCUGCAUUUCCAAACUAUUUGCUCCUGUUUGUGGUACAGGAGCACCGAGAAGCUUCAGGGCUCGGCUGCGUACCCUCAAGAGCUGGCGUUCUCGGAUGCUUACCUGCAGAGGAGCAGUCCUCACCCCGGGGACCCCGGAUCCACAGGCUGCGUCUGCGGUCCACGUCAAUGCAGUAGCAUACGCUCCAUCACCACAGGCCUGCAGCUUCUGUCUCCGUUCAGGGUGUUCAGGAGGCGCAGCUCCGUGUAGCCUUGCAGAGCAGCAGCUCUGUGGUCCUCCCUUGGGGGGUUGGAGUCAAGACGUUGCUGAUGAUUGUGGUGCUACGAUCUCUGACCUCCAUGCUUCAGUGUCAGAUGGAGCGGCCUGCAAUUUUUUUCCCUGUGAGCUCCGUGUGCUGGGAGUCACACGUGUGCUGGAGCGACAAGCAGGAGUGUCUCUCAGGUGUUCUUUACAAUGAAGUCCUUCACAUAGAACAUGGUGCCAUCUGCCCAGGUGCAGAUGACUGGAGGUUGGCCCAACCCUCAUGGAAUGUAUAUGAGAACUGGACUGAAUGACCCCGCCCCCUCAUGUUCCAAACAGGAAGAAAAAGCUGGUUCCAAGAACCCAAAAUCCCAUAGACUUCAA